GCAGCCGGUAAAGAGGCGCCAUGGCUCGCUGUGGCCACCUAGCGGUUGGCCUGUGCCUGGUCACGUGCGCCGUCCUGUCGCAGACGACGCCCCAUCAUCAUGAAGACACGCCGAUCGGCCCCAACGACGUAGCGGCCGGCAACGCAACCGUCCGCUCACUGCAGCAUUCCUCGCAUUACAGGUCUCCGGUGGAGCUGGGCAUGAUCGCCGCGGCCGCCGCCGGCGCAGUGGGGGCGCUGCUGUUGCUGCCACCGACACCGUGGCUGGUGCACGGAGGCGAUCGCGCCAGCGCGGGCGGCGGACUGGCGGGCCUCAGCGAGUUCGUCAUGACGCGCGUCGACAAAGGGCUCGAGAAGUUCCCCAGCAUCCCGAGCCUGGACCCACAGGAGUGCAUGAAGCGCAGCGUGUGCGAGGCCCACAACCAGCCCAACAAGUACGGACUCAUCGGACUGGCGCUGCAGCUGCUCUACCCGCCGUACUCUGCACCGGACGAGCCGACCAGCGUGGUGUCCAAGUACCAGCUGGCUGCUCGCUACGGACGCCAGGAGGACGCCGACUGUUCGCGCCAGUACGACGGCUGCAUCGUCUCUCCGCUCGAGAUCGUCCAGACCAUCGUGGGCUACUUCCUCCGGUAGCCCUUCCCUGCGACGUUUCCUAGACGACCGAUUCCGGGAACGUCACGCUAAUGGGCCAUCCCAACGCAAGCGCGCGCUUCCGAAAACACGCCUCGUAGCUUACGUUUAGUCUGUGCCCGCCCACGUGCAGCGUCCCUGUCCAUCGUUACGCGCACCUUCCAAUCUCAGUGCUUGCAGGCUUUUCUUUUUACUUACGGGUGUCCGGCAACCCCUUGAGGGCGGCACGGUGCGUCGGCAACACGCCUUUCUCGUGGUCGUCCGUCUGAAGCAGGAUUUCUUGGUUUGCGGCGGCGGCAAAUCCGGAUUUCACUGGUCCAUCUGGAGCGGGUUCGAGCUUUCCACGGGUGGUUUCGGCUCACCUCGCCCGCGCCGGUUGGCUCUCACUUGCUCCGCUGCCGAGGUGCGGGUUCGGGCGGAAGUAGGACGAGAAGUGCGCAUACGUCACUUCCGCUCGCUGUGGGACGGUGAGUUUGGUUGCCAUGGAAACGCACAGCACGGAAGUCGGUUUGUGUGCGUACAGACUUCCGGUAUGAUCCACCGCGGAGCAUUCUUUCUCUCCGAUGACAGAUUCGGAUUGCUGACAUCCGAGCACUCGCUCUGGACUAUCGGCGGACGCUCUAGAUGAAAAACACCAAGUGCAUGCGAUUGCAGGUGCUCGAAAAGAAGCGGUAGUUACGAAAUAGGCUUAGCAUCCAGAGGACUCGCUUCCAGGAACAUUUAACAGCGAAGCUGUUUAAGCCAGCCGUAAUUUGUGGUGCGUAGCCGUGGUAGCCAUCAUGGUUCCUCCUCGCCAGCUGCUUGCCUUCCCGACCCCUGUUUUUCUUCUCCCCGCGGCGCGCUGAGCCAGGAGAGAGAGAGAAGCUUGCACUAGGCCGCGCAAAGCUCAAGACGCAGCGAAGCUGGCCGAUUGAUAUCGAGCGGCUAGCUUCCAACGCUUUCGGCGUUGGCAAGCAACAGCGUUCUUGGCACUGUGCCAACCUUGGUUAGCCUGCCUGCGUUUGUGGCAUGCCAGGAACGCUGUCGCUCAUAGGCGCCGACGCGUCCAGCGCUAGUCACGCAAAAUGUCGCGAAAGGGAAGGUACCUCAGAGAACGAUCGCUCAAGAAUACCUUUCUACACGCGUAGUUAAGUUAAACCAAGUUUAGACCUAGCAGCAACCAAGUUCAUACAUAGCAGUAGCACCCAGUAAGCUUCGCUGUGCCUAAGCUUUGCGCGAUCGAGUGCAAACAUUUUUAAAAUUAAUUAUGUAUUUAUUUAGUUAGUUUAGGCAGUUACAGACGUGUGACUAUGCUCAUAUUGCUUGCACAUGUGUUGCCAAUUUCAGACCGUUGUUCGUAGUAUAACGAGGUUGAGUAGAUAAAACGUCAUCGCAACUCAGCGCUCACGCCCACGGUCCGUAAAAUGUUGUCUCCGGCCGUAUUAGCUUUCAGCUCGAUAACUAUUGUCUAGGUAUUGGCAGCUGCAAAGCUUUGCAGGACAUCCGACUUUCAAAACUUCGCAAAAUGGCACGGGCUUCCGCUCUGGAUCACUGUACACAAUAGGAAUGUCACGCUUAAAGGGACAGACAACCGCUCAGAACAUGAAUUGAGAUACCCCGCUGAUGGAAAGAUCGUUUAUCGAAUUGGCAAGAACGGGCCCUGUUCUUCUCAUUAAACGUGUAUUGAUAUUUUUAAUUCGUCACUAAAAGUCGCGAAAAAUGCCCUUUGGCGCCCCACGCGGCAAAAACAUGAACGUACUUAUGAGGUCUACCAAGUGACUCUGUACUAGUGUACGCGGUUCCUGGUCCUUUUAUUAAUAUUGAAAUGCAGCAACAUUCUUGCUAUUAUAAGUUUUUUUUCUAACUUCCAAUGUGCAAAUAAGCCUUCGUUUGUAGUGAGCAGAAAAGUGGCGCUGCCUUCGCCUUCGAUUACUUGGCUUGGCUCGCCUAUCGGGGCAUAGCCGGGGGCCAGCCAACCAUGACGUAGGCGUGUACUUGGGAAAAAAACGCGAUACAACUCUAAGGAAGCAGGACAAUGGGCGGCUUUCACAAUUUGCGUAUCGGCAUCGCUAUCACUUCUCAGCGUUGCUGGAGGAGGGACUCAUUUAUUUUCUUUAGAGGCUGCUCAGAUCGAAAAAUUCCGCUUGCAAAAUAUCGACUUGCUUUUGGAAGUAACCGCUGCAGGUGUGUAAACACUACCGAGUGUGAGCUUUUCGUUGCGCCAUAAAAAAAAAACUGGGUCCUUAAAAAUCGGUUGUCAGUCCCUUUAAUAAGCGAGCGUCUCGAAUAUAUUUUGGCAUGCUUAUUCUAAGCGUGCCGCAUAAAAAGACAAACAUUAAAAUGCCAAACGGAAGUGAUGGAAUAUUGCCGCGUCCAAAGCGUCGCUUUGAUCAAGCAAACUUAGCGCACUAAACCUAGGCUAUGAUCGACCCCCAAAAGAUACCCAUGCUGCUUUUGAACACUAAGAAAAAUUUAGUUUGUCCCAAUUUUUCUUCGUCAAACUCAAUAUGCAAAGGACUAUGUUUCAAAGGAGUGCAGCGCCCAUAUCAGGCACCCGGCAGAACAUUACCUCCGACAUCGCCGCCGUAGCUCAGGGUGACCACGUAAAUGAUCCUGAUCGUUACACGUACAUCUCGGAUCCAUUUAAUGUUUGCCUUUAUUUAGUGUGGCCUUAGCGCGAUAGCGCUUUUCAAACAUUUUCCAAGCGGCCAGGGAUAGGAGUCAUUUUUACACUUCCACUAGCGUGACGUCACGACUCCCAGUAUCGCGGUCCCUAGGAGGUGCUGGCCAUGACUCCUUCGCAAGGAUACAAAUGCCCAGCGGGGCGCGUCGCCGAUGACGCGUAGUCACGUGAUCGGCACGUGACCGCGGUGACGCGCUCUCGCACAGUCACCCGAUGCGACGCAGAGCCUAUCGAGGUGUAUAGGCUGACUCAGCACUACGAUAUUGUCGUUAUACGUGACUCUGGCAACUUUUGUUCAUCUCCACGAUUCCGCGGGGCCUCUUCUGUGCCACAUCUGUGUGUCGUCGCGACAUUGUGCCAAUCGAUCUCUCCGACAGACAUCGAAAGCGGACGCUUGGGCGUAGUGACCAACCGCGUGCUCUUCUCCAUCAUCUCACCGUAAUUUAUUAAACGCAUGGAUGGGCGACUUUCGGGGAAAAAUAAAGCACGCGUGCGCGCAAGUGAGCCACGUGUCCUGUGUUCAUUUCCUGUCCGGCAAAUCUAUGAAUCAUUUGGAAGCUGCUCAAAUCACUGACGUAAUUAUGAACUUAGGUCGGUUGCUGCGUGCACUGGGCAGUAUCAGGGGACAUUGCGUUCGGACGCGGUACAAGAAAACAUUCUGUGGACAAUGCUGUGGCGCCAGCCAAAGGUUAUUCCGCUCGCAUCGCUCGCUCUCUGCUGUGAGAGCCCUCCUUUUAAGUCCCGCAUAUGACGUCAUAGAUACGCGCGAGUUGGUGACAGCCCAUAGACGCCAGCCGGCAGUUACUCCCAAGCACUGUGCAUAAAUGACAUAAGAAUCCCAAGCGAAAGCUUGU